CUUCUGCACACCCAGGUUCCAUCCUUACAUACGAGUCAAGAGACUCAAGAAGACACGUUUUGAAGAUGGAAUCUUAUGUGACUCUCUUGAUCGCAUGUUUUUCAGUACUGUCCGUUCAGUUAACAUCUCGAAUAACUGAGGCCCARCAAUGUCAGGCUUCAGUGGAUGRAAUAUCUCUCUCAGGUCAUGUCAUGUCGACUGUUGUUGUCGAUGAUAUCGGUAGUUGUUCGGACAAAUGUGCAGCCACACCAGGAUGUCAGAGCAUCAAUUUCUACAUGAAAAGCUCACUCUGUGAGUUGAACAACAAAACAGUGGAGAACACGCCCAGCCAYAAAGUACAGAACAAUCGUGCUGUGUACUUUAAGAACCCAGAUGGUAAUUUUACCGAGUGGAGCAACUGGACAUCUUGUUCUCUGUCAUGUGGUAAUGGCACACGAUAUCGAAGUCGUUCUUGCACCAACCCAGCACCUGCUCAUGGUGGAAAGAACUGCACUGGACCUUACAAUGAGACACAGAACUGCCAUUGCCUUAGAGGACUUGAGAAUUCARCUAUUCUCUAUGAGCAUGGCAACAUGACAUACUUGCAGAAACUCUCCACAUACCUUCAGCCAGUGCUUCAAGAUGCAAGUAAGAGUCGUUGGGUGAGAUGUUGGAGAGCUGCUAGCGAUGGAUGGGAUGUGACUAAGACAUUCCACCCCAAGUGUGACAACAAAGGACCAACAGUUACCAUUGUUCGUGUUGAUAGAUACAUCUUUGGUGGCUAUUCUGAUGUAUCAUGGGAUAGUUCCAGUGGCUACACGUUCUCCACUAAAGCUUUCCUGUUCUCACUGAACAACACACGUGGUUACAGUCCCGUCAAGUUACCUGCUGUACAGCGUCACCAGUAUGCUAUAUAUAAAGACAGUGGUUAUGGUCCUACAUUCGGUGCUCAUGACAUGUACAUAUCUAACCAGGCAUCAAGUAAUGCUGGUAGUUUCCACUCUGUGUACACAUACAAAGCUCCACCAGGUGGCAGCUCAUUCUACACAGGCAACACUCACUUUACACCCAGUGACGUUGAGGUUUUCUAUGAAACCACUAACUAGCAAUGAAGCUGUCUGAAACUCAUUCAACAAGUAAUUGUAAUACUCUUUAGAAAGUUUUUGUAGGAUUUAUAUUAAAAAACCUGUUAUGUUGAAAAUUAAGUUGGAUUGCAAAAAAAUCAGUGAAAGCACCUUUAAAUAUGKCGGUUUCUUUCUUUCUUUUGUUCUUUUUUCUUUCCUCUUCUGUUUUCUUUUUUACUCAAUAAUGCUUGCUUCUGAUUUGCUGAUUUGCUGAUCAAAUGCGGAAGAAUGAAUGGAAAACAAUUACCAGCUUUUUUUAAAUGAAUGAAAGAAAGUCAAUCAGAGUCAAACUAAAAACUGAAACACGACUUUCCGGUAUAAACAUUGUACUAACAUGUACUCAGUAAAGUAGGUCCAAUUGUUAAUGAAUUUUCUCAGAAUCCAUUUGGUUUAUUAAUCCAUAAUGCUACAGCCUUUCUGAGCAAAAUAAAAAUAAUUCUACAGUAGUUCGAGGCUCAAUAUAUCUGUUAUUUCAGUUAUUUCAUGUAACCAAGUAAAAGCACAGCUAUAAGAUAAUGUAAUGUAGGGUGAUGGUUUAGUCUCAAUAAAAAUAAAAUAUUUGGCACA